AACUACAUAUUAGACAAACCGCCAUCUUUCUUUUUAGAGAGUUAGCAGGGCAAAAUAACAACCAGUUUUGAAUGAUCAUUUAUACAUAACUGAAUCGUCGAAGAAAUUCCUCUUCGUCAUUUAUUGUAAAUAAUACGUGUAAAGUGCUACGGGUGAAACGGAAGUCCAGAUACUGGCCAAACAUCAGACACAGUAUUUGGGGUAAGCGCUCUGCUAACGCUAGUGGAGGUGGGCAACAUGGGCCGAUCUCGGAGCCGCAGCUCGUCGCGGUCUAAACACUCCAAAAGCAGCAAGCACAGCAAGAAGCGGAGCCGGUCGCGGUCCAAAGACAGGGAGAGGUCUAAGAAGCGUUCCAAGUCCCGAGAAUCAAAAAGGAACCGUCGCAGAGAAUCUCGAUCCCGCUCCCGGUCCACCACAGCCUCGUCCCGCAGAGAAAGACCAGCCUCGCCGCCCGAGCGCAUCGACAUCUUCGGCAGGACUCUGAGCAAAAGAAACGCUUUGGACGAGAAGCAGAGGAAGGAGGAGGAGGAAAGAAGGGCAGAAAUGGAAAGACACAGGAAGAUCCGGCAGCAGGAGAUCGAGGAGAAGCUGAUCGAGGAGGAGACGGCACGGAGAGUGGAGGAGCUGGUUGCCAAGCGGGUGGAGGAGGAACUGGAGAAGCGGAAGGACGAGAUCGAGCGGGAGGUGCUCCGGCGCGUGGAGGAGGCGAAGCGCAUCAUGGAGCGGCAGCUGCUGGAGGAGCUGGAGAGGCAGCGGCAGGCCGAGUUGGCGGCGCAGAAGGCCAGAGAGGAAGAAGAAAAAUCAAAGCGGGAGGAGCUGGAGAAAAUCCUAGAGGAGAAUAACCGCAAGAUCGCCGACGCUCAGGCCAGGCUGGCCGAGGAGCAGUUGCGUAUUGUAGAGGAGCAAAGAAAGAUUCACGAGGAGCGGAUGAAGCUGGAGCAAGACCGACAAAAGCAGCAGAAGGAGGAGCAGAAAAUCAUCCUCGGCAAGGGCAAGUCCCGGCCCAAGCUGUCCUUUUCUCUCAAGGCCACCGAAUGAGACUGCUCCACCCGCAUCCACCCGCCCUGCCCUGCCUCCACCCCGACCAAGCUCUCCUUCCUCCAUCAAUCAACCCCACCCCUCUUCCGAGGAACGCUCGCUUCGUUUUGGAAGUGCGGAAGGAAGGCCGAGGAAGGAGGUGCACCCCGGUGUGUGGACUCGCUCGGCCCACGUCGAAGAGGAGGCUGCUCAUCUCCAUUAAAGGACCCGACCGCUCCUUCCAUCCUCCCGCCUCCCCACCGCACACACGACUUCUGCUUUUCUUUCUCCAGUUUUAUUUUCAUUUUUAGGGAACUCAAACUUUUGAUGUAGAAUGCUUUAACGUGUCCCUUUCUCUGGAAGUCUUAACUCGGUAACAUCGAGCGACUGCGCCCUUCUUACGUGUCUCCACCGCCAGCCGACCACACUAGGACCAGUAUGUGUGACGUUGUGUAGUUCAGUCUACUGUAAAAGCUCGUGAGCGGCUUGGCAGUUGGCCUGUGGUUCUUCUGUUUUCAUGUUUCCAUUCUGAAAGUGGCUGCAGCGUGGUGAUGAAUCCCAGCACAGCCCAUCAAAGCACAGUUAACUUCCCGUCCAGCUGACCGGUCUGUGUCUUCCACCUCCGUCACCUCCAUCACCAUGUACGCCCACAGACACCUUUCUUUUUGCUUCAGCUCUGUCCACAGUGUAUAUACAUCUUUUCCUUCUUUCUAAAUGACAGCAUUGUCUCUGGCUGAGGGGAAAUGAUGGAGCUCAUGUUAGCCAAUGGCUGAACCACGAGCCGACAGCAGGAAGCGGUUGUCUACGACUGUGGGAUGGUGGGGGACAAAGGGGGCGUUUCCUGUAUGAUGUAAUUUUACUAGCCUUGCUGUGAUGUGCUGACUCCCACUCCUCCCCAAGUUAACAAAAAGUCCCGGUAAUGUUAAACACUUGGGUUUUAUCCGACUCUUUGGGACGAGGCGCGGCCGUACGGUCCCGGUACCCAGUUUAGCUGUAGUACAUGAACUUGGCAAGGCGCUACACUCGGUAAGUCUUGAUUCGUGUAGGACGGACAAGUUCAGGUAAGAUAAGGUUUGAGGUCGUGUGCAUGUGAGUGUUUGAGUGCGUGUCUGUCUGAGUGUGUGUGCGCGCGCGCGCGUGUGUGUGAGACUGCGUGUCGGAGUGCGAGUGUCUGACCUCAGGUGGGUAUAAUGACUUUUUGUUAUGUUGUGGGAUUUUGUAUUUGUCAUGUAAUAUCCCCCCAAUUGUCAAGGGACUAAACAGUUGAAUAAAUCCAUUGAAUGCC